AUGUCCCCAACAGAUCGCAAUUCAAUGGCUAUUCCGGAUAGUCCGGAAGGUCAAAUUCCACGCGAGGGUCACUCCAGUGCGAUUAUAAUCCCCGACGAGUUCAGCGAUGAAGAUGGCGAAUUUGAGGCUGAGGAAUCGGAUAUCACUUCUCUCUCGUCCAGUGUACUGGAAUAUGAAUAUGAGAAUGGUCGGCGGUAUCACAGCAGUCGAACUGGGCAUUAUAUGAUGCCGAACGAUGAAGAGGAACAAGAUCGUAUGGACUUGGCACAUCAUAUCUGGCUUAUGUUAUUAAAGGGCGAGCUACAUAAGGCCCCAAUCACAAAUCCACGAAAGAUUCUAGAUCUCGGCACUGGCACCGGUAUAUGGGCUCUUGAUAUCGCCGAAAAAUUCCCUGGUUCUCACGUUAUUGGAAAUGACAUUAGUCCAAUUCAACCAGGCUGGGUGGCUCCCAAUGUGGAAUUUAUUGUCGAGGACUUCGAAAGCGAAUGGCUGUACCAGAAAGACAGCUUCGACUUUAUUCAUGCCCGAUUGCUCGCUGGCUGUGUAGGAGACUGGUCCCAGUUCUUCAGCCGGGUCUUCGAGCAUGUAAAACCAGGCGGAUAUUUCGAGAUCAAAGAAAGUGCCGUCUGGGCCUGGAGUGACGAUGGCACACUCAAAUCUGACUCGCCUCUCUUCCAAUACCUCCAGGCCCUCGAUAGCGCAGGACGAGCAAUGGGUCGGGAACUUAAUAUCUAUUAUAAACUGAAAGAGUGGAUGAUUGAGGCUGGGUUCGAGGAUGUUCAGCAGUUCACUUAUCUUCUCCCGUACUCGCCUUGGCCGCGGGAUCCUUAUCUCAAGGAGAUUGGGAAAUAUCAGGCUGUGAUGGUUCAGCAAGCUGUUGAAUCUUAUGGGUUACGACUUUGUACUCAGGUGCUUGGCUGGGGUGCGGAGCCGGCGCGCAUUUUCCAGGCUAUGGUUAAGAAACAGUUGAGGGAUAAGCAUUUGCAUGCUUAUGUGAAGGAAGUGGUGGUCUAUGGAAGGAAGCCUUUGAGCGAGUAA